UUGAGAUCGAACUUGCCAUCUCCAUCACCCCUGUCCUUCACUUUCUGAUCGACGUCAUCUCCACCAGCACAUUUCCGAUAGAGGUCCCUGCACUAUGGGCGUCCUAUUAGAACCGCGAGCCCGUUGCUACAGCAGCUAUCGUGGUUACUAUCAUUGUAAUCGAUGGAAUGACUGGGGUCGCUGGGUCGCCUUUGGUGUGAUUGUUGGAGUGGCUUUGCUCGCAUUUUUCGCCCUAUCAUGCUUCAACGCUCGACGACGCCGCAGACGGGGCCUUCGCCCGUACGCUGGGACUGCCUGGAUGGCUCCUCCUCCACCAUAUCACCCACAAACACAUCAAGAUCCCUACAAUCAGCCUCCUCCGCCUCCGCAAUACACGCAACAGCCACCUCCUCAGGGAUACUUUGGAGGCCAGCCAGGGAUUGAGUUACAGCAGCCACCAAAUGCAUAUUAUGGGGGACAACAGUCUCCGUAUGGAGGCCAGCCUGUUUACCAGCCGCCAUCUGGCCCACCACCUCCCGGAUUCAACGGGAAGCCUUAGGUUUCUCGAGUAUGAAACGUGUAAAAAAAAAAAAAAUAAAAAAAUCGCGUUGAAGGGAAACGAAUACUACAAUUAAUAUCUUACGUGGGCGUUUUUUCUGUGCGUUGGGAUUCUGAUUUCUGUGCUUGUCGAUGACGCUAUAUACUGCAGAGUAGCAGUUAUGGGAAACACAUGGUUUAUCGCCCCUAUAGUUUAUACGAGUAUAAUUACAUAUAUUUCUAUCCACAUUUGACCGGGACUGGCCGUCCGCCUUCCGUGGAUGACGAAAAGCCACCAAAGCAUCCAAUGGCGCUUUUUUUACGGUUAAGUUAUAUACUUGUAUAAAUUGCUGCUUUUUCUGUGUCGUCUUUGAUGUCUAGUGGACCAUUGUACUUACUGGGUGAGUCCCGCUUGUUGUUAAGCUGGAUCUCCAAGGCUCUGG